AGCUUCAAGUUGAGACCGACCAAAACAAACGAUGACGGCCGAGGAAAGGAGGCGAGAACAGAACGGACUAACGAUGGCAAAACCUUUGAUUUGAUGGGGGUCGAGUUAUACAAAUGACAUUAGAAAUACUUGUGUUUCUACAAUGGAAAUGAGGGAAAUUAUGCGAUUUUGAGUGCCAACUAGCCAGCUGUAACUGUAUCUGGGAUUGCUGCCCCUGUACACUCACGAUAUGCGUUGGCUAACUGACAGCUUUGCUAACUAGCUAAAUGUUAGCUGGCUUUCCACAAAGCUUUUCUGGGCGGAAUAAUAUUUGAAUUUGCGAAACCUUGUUCGCACCAGAUUAUCGCUGAGGGUGAAAGAUGCAGAGAUAGUCUAAGUUACGGUGGUUUGUGUGGUGACGCCAAAUUUCCCUUUGCCUUCCGUGUAACAGUUUCCGAACUUGGUGAUCGCUAGCUAGCCUGUUAGUCAGGAUGAGUUGGUUCAACGCAUCUCACCUGUCUAGCUUCGCUAAACAAGCUUUAACAUCAGCUCAGAAGUCAAUCGACCGAGUUCUGGACAUCAAAGAAGAGGACCAAUGGCCUGACACAGCUGUAAUGCCCUAUGACGAUGUUACAUUACCUGGAAAGCUGUCCCUAAGUGGAGGAUGGGGAAUGGAGCAGUGGGAAGCACCCCCUGAGGAAAAGACCACCCCUCCUCCCCCUUCGUCUGAGGCCAUCACGACUCCUGUUACCCGCACAGUUGUGGAUGAAUCAGAGAACUUUUUCAGUGCCUUUCUGUCACCUGGAGACGCACAGGCUGUCACGAAAACCCAGGUGGUGUCUGUACCCCCUACUAAGUCUCAAAGGCGACUUCAGGAGAAGGAAAAGAAAAUCGAAGAGGCAGUGGUCCAGCAGGAAGUGGAGACUCAAAAGUCAGCACCUGCUAAUAUGAAUCAAGAGAAUCAGACAGUCGCUGAGAGCAAGCCCAUUGAGCCUGAGUCCUCACCGGCAACACCCCAUGCUGACACAAUGCCCCAGGAGCCAGUUUCUCCCGCUGUUGAUGCUUCUUCAUCUAGUGAUCUUUGUAUUAACCCUGACAUUAAAAUGAGCAUUGUGAAAACAGAUGAUGGGUCAGCAGACUCUGUAGACUCAAAAACAGAGCAGUCACAGACUCCAUCAGAAAAACAGGUUCCCACUGAACCUUCUGCUGUCACUUCUGAACCUAAGAGCUCUGCCCCUUCCGAUCCUUCACCUCCUUUGUCCUCUAAGGAAGUACUCAUAGAGCAUAAAGACUCAAAGGUAGAGGAUCGUCAAAAUGACACCCCCUCUCCUCCGGUCAGCGCUUUCUCCUCAGGAACCUCUACCACCAGUGACAUUGAAGUGCUGGACCAUGAGUCUGUGCUGAGCGAGAGCUCAGCUAGCUCCCGACAAGAAACUGGGGAGGGCAAGGCUGGCCUUCACCUGAUGCAGGGCUCCUUCCAGCUACUCACUGCCUCCACCUGUGGAGAUUUCCCCCGCCUGGAGGACUAUUCCAAACUCACAGAGAGCUGCGGCUCCUCUUCGGAUGCAUUUGAGCGCAUAGAUUCAUUCAGUGUGCAGUCACUGGAUAGCCGGAGCGUCAGCGAGGUUAAUUCAGACGAUGAAAUCCCUGCCAGCCGGACACUGGCAUCUGUCACUGCUGGCCCUGUUCCGUUAACAGUAUCAUCAACUGUAUGUGAGAAGCAGGAAGAUGGAGUGGUGGAAAAGGCGGGAGAGGAGGGGGAAGAGGGCUUUACCGAAACAAUGAGGGAGCAGUCGCUGGAUGAGAUGGAGGAGAGUGGACGGAGUGCGACGCCUGUUAAUAGUGAGCAGCCUGAAGAGUUGACAGAACAGGAAGAGGGAUCUCAGGCUAAUGUCACGCUGUCUGAUCCCAACACCAAAGCUGAAGAACAGAUCAAUCUGCCAAUCACAGAAGAGAUGAAAAGUUUAUCAACAGUUCAGAUUCUGGAGCUUCAAAAGGUUAUUGAUGAGCUGUCAAGUCGUCUUGAGAAGAGAGAGUCUCAGCUGCUGACAGUCAGCAAAGACAAGGCCAGGCUGGAGGAGGAGUGUGACAAUCUCAGAGAUGAAGCGCUAAGCCUGAAGCAGGAGAGCUCCACUGUUCAGUCCUUAAAGGAUGAGUUCACCCAGCGCAUAGCAGAUGCAGAGAGGAAGGCUCAGCUGGCAUGCAAAGAAAGAGACAUAGCCAAGAAGGAAAUAAAGGGCUUGCGAGAAGAACUUUCUACAAGACUUAACUCCAGCGAUACAAUGGAGAUCAUCAGAGAGAAGGAAGAGCAGAUCCGAGGCCUGCUGGAAGAAGGUGAAAAGUUGUCCAAACAGCAACUGCAGCACAGCAACAUCAUCAAGAAACUGCGUGUGAAGGAGAAGGAGAGCGACACCAAGAUCACCAAGCAGCAGAAGAAAAUCAAAGAGCAGGAUGAGGAGCUCAGGCAACUGCAGCAGGUUCUAGAUGCAAAGGAGGAGGUGGAGAAACAGCACAGGGAGAACAUCAAAAAGCUGAAUGCUGUGGUGGAGCGGCAGGAGAACGAGCUGAGCAGGCUGCAGUCAGCCUCUGAGGAGCUACAAGAGAAAAACAGGAGCCUGCAGGCUGCUCUGGACAACUCUUAUAAGGAGCUGGCAGAACUUCACAAGGCCAAUGCUAGCAGAGCUAGCGAGGCUGAAGAAGCAGCUCUUAACAGGGACACACAGGCCAAGGAGCAGCUAAGCCUGGCUCUUGAGAAAGCCCAGGAGGAGGCCAGGAUUCAGCAGGAGGCCCUGGCCGAUCAGGUGGCUGACCUGAGACUGGCUCUGCAGCGGGCUGAGCAACAGCAAGCAAGGAAAGAAGAUUAUUUGAGAGAGGAGAUCAGUGAGCUGCAGCAGAGACUUCAGGAAGCAGAGACCAGGAACCAGGAGCUCAGUCAGAGUGUUACCUCAGCAACACGGCCCCUACUGCGGCAGAUAGAAAACUUACAGGCCUCACUGGGUGGACAGACAGCAUCCUGGGAAAAACUUGAGAAGAACAUUUCUGAUAGACUAGCGGAUGCUCAGGCACAGCUGGCCAUUGCUGUGGAGAAGGAGCGAGCAGCAACAGAAGAUCUGCUGUCCCUCAAGUCCCAGCUGGCCUCUCUGGAGUCCCAGAAUUCCCUGAUUCGCCAGGAGAAGGCUCGAUUCGUGGCGCAGCUGGAGGCUGAGAAGAACAAGAGGGAGAAACUGGAGGAUGAGAGCAGCAGGGACCACGUUGAGCUGGAAAAUCUACGAGCAGAACACGUCCGAGUGCUAGAAGAUGCAAAGAAAGAAAAGCUGCUGUUGACCAAUCAGUUAGAGAUGGAGAAGAUGAAGGUGGAGCAAGAGAAGAAGAAGUGUUACCUAGCACAGGAGGCACUUAAGGAGAAGGAGCGGAAGGCCAUGACCCACUCUGUGGGAGAGCCCCCAGCCUGCUCCACACCCUCCCUGUCCCGCUCUAGCUCCAUCAGUGGGGCAGACAAUGCUGGUCUUCAUACCUCUAUUUAUUCCCAGGAUGACUCUUUAGACCACUCACUGAGUACCAUGACCAUGUCUGUGAGCGGGACCAAUCUGUACGAGGCUGCCAGGCUGUCUGGAGGCUCCAGCAUCAUCGAGAACCUCCAGUCUCAGCUCAAACUCAGAGAAGGAGAGAUAGCACAGCUGCAGCUUGAGAUUUCCAAUCUAGAGAGGAGUCGAUCUGUGAUGGCUGAAGAGCUGGUCCGACUCACCAACCAAAAUGAUGAGAUGGAGGAGAAGGUGAAGGAGAUUCCCAAGUUGAAAAUUCAACUCAAGGAUCUGGAGCAGAGGCACAACACCAUCCUGCAGAUGUAUGGAGAAAAGGCUGAAGAGGCAGAAGAGCUGAGGCUGGACCUUGAAGAUGUGAAGAACAUGUAUAAAACUCAGAUAGAUGAACUGCUGCAAAACCAGAAAUAAAGUUCCGAACACUCACAAACCAAUCAAUCAUAUGCAUUCACAGCAAAAAGAAAGGCAGCAAAUCUAAGUUUAAUUACUAGGUCAAACAAAAAUUCAUUUAAUAUGUAAGUGGGGGUCUUGUGGUUAUGUAUACCAUAAAAUACAAUGCAUAAUUACAGAACCAGUAUGAAGGAUAGCCACAGGUUAUUAUUUGGGUGUCUGUUUUUCCAUCUUUGGUUCUUAGUACAAACUUUGCUUUAGACAUCAAUUCUCAUGACUGAACCUUUCACAUUAUAUUGUCUAGUAUAACUGUAGGAGAUGGUGAAGGUUUUUUGCACUAUACAAAUUCAUCCUUCUUUAUUUCUUAAUGCAUUACAGCACUCUAGAAAUAUAUGAAAAUACUGUACAGAGAAGUUUUAUGGAUUGUUCCCAACUCCUUACAAAUGACACUAUGUUGUAGACCUGGGAGUAGUUUGUGAUUGAAAUCCUGAAGACUGGAUUUUAAACAGUAUAAAUAUGUAAAUGAAUAAACAUUUAUUUGGGUGGUGAAACAUAGGGUGAUUCUUAAUUUAUAUUGUGUCAAAUCAAACAGAAGUCAGUAGUUUGAUUGCACAAAAUACUACAAUAUCUUAAUGCACAAAACUGAGAUCAAAUAAAUCUUGUUCUGAACAGCUUC